AUGGCGUCUGUCUUUGUGCGUUGGGCAAGGAUAGGUGCACACGUUGCGUCGUUCGCACAGUGCAUCCUGUACCUACCCUUGACGCUCGACAUCGCCGGGAAGGAGAGUAUGCUCGCGCUUUCUCUUCUCCUCACCCUGUCCUUCGGCUUGUCGGCGACACUGCACCUCAUCGUCCGGACUACACGCCUGCGGCUACUCUCGACAUCGUUCGCCUGGCUCCAACCCCUCCUCAUUCCCUGCCUCCUCCUUCUCACCCUCAACCUGUAUUCGUCUUCCGCCCUUCCUCCUCCUUCACUCAAGGAAAAGAUCUUGCAUUCGGCGACGGCGGCGCAGCAGCUCCCGACGACACCCUCAUCCAAUUUCUACGCCUCCCUCGUCUCUCUCGCUCGUGCCGCCCCUUCGUACUGGGAGCGCUUCCUGCGCACCUCGUCACCCGUCUUUGUCAUCCUCGAAGGCCUGUGCACGCUCCUGUGCAUUCAGGCGGUCAGCAGGUUCACCAUUGCGCGCAUCGAGGGCUCGAGAAGUCCCGACCUCCUCAAGAUGCUCGUCCUGGUCAUCUCGGCCGUCCUCUACGUCGGCAGCGCCUACUUCCUGUGGGAGAGCUACGGCGCUGUGCCCGAUCGCAUCUCCGCGACACUCAUCGGCGUCGCCGUCACAACGAUCGUCUUUCUUUCCGGCAUCUCCUUCGGCCUGCAGAAGGGCAAUGUCAUCGAGACGAGUCUGAUGCUCGCCUACGCCGUGUUCCAGAUCUUCCACCUCUCGUCGCGACCUCAGAUGUACACUGGAGGUCUGCUCAAGCACGUCUUGAAGGCGCCCGGGACAAACGGUCACCCGCCCUUGCCGCCGGUCGUCCUGCAAUCCCUUGACGCAGUCUCGAGCGCCGUCUCGCAGACUUUCGGUGCCGGCGUCGAGUUCGUGAUGGCCGCCUCAUCCGCCUUGCCGUUCUCUGUCCUCGUCACCCUGUUCUACCGCGUGGCCGUCCUCUACCUCGCGACUCGCAUCGUACUUGCCUUAAAGCGCCAGACGGGCGGCUACGAGGACAACCGCAAGCUGAGCGAGGAGGAGCCGGCUGCACGGGUCAUGACGAUCGUCCUCGCCUACGCGCGCUCGCUGCUCGUUGCCGUCUACACUCAUCUGCUACUGCUGUCCGAGUCGAACGACCAGGUCUUCUGGCGCUGGUGCAACGUUUUCCUCGUCCAGAUUCUCUGGGCCAUCGAGAUCCGCCUCGGCGCUCACAUGGACGAGGACGCGACGGUCGAGGCGCGGUGGAAGACAGAGUGA